AUGUCGUAUCCUCAGGGUUACUUGUACCAGCCCUCCGCUUCCUUGGCGCUCUACUCGUGCCCGGCGUACAGUACCAGCGUGAUUUCGGGACCCAGGACCGAUGAACUUGGGCGAUCUUCUUCGGGCUCCGCUUUUUCGCCUUAUGCCGGAUCUACCGCUUUUACUGCCCCUUCUCCCGGUUACAACUCCCAUCUCCAGUACGGCACAGACCCGGCAGCGGCCGCCGCCGCCGCCUUCACUUCAUACGUGGGCUCACCCUACGACCACACACCAGGUAUGGCAGGUUCCCUGGGGUACCAUCCCUACGCGGCGCCCCUGGGCUCCUACCCCUAUGGAGAUCCAGCCUACCGAAAAAAUGCCACCCGGGAUGCCACCGCCACCCUGAAGGCCUGGCUGAACGAGCACCGCAAGAACCCCUACCCCACCAAGGGCGAGAAGAUCAUGCUGGCCAUCAUCACCAAAAUGACCCUCACCCAGGUCUCCACCUGGUUCGCCAACGCCCGGCGGCGGCUCAAAAAGGAGAAUAAAAUGACCUGGACCCCCAGGAACCGUAGCGAGGACGAGGAAGAAGAGGAGAAUAUCGACCUCGAGAAAAACGACGAGGACGAGCCCCAGAAGCUGGAAGAAAAGGGCGACCCGGAGGCUCCCGAGACAGGAGGAGAAGAGCAGAAGGCAGCCCCUGGCUGCGAGCGGCUGCAGGAGCCCCACUCCCCGGCGGGCCAGGAGGCCGAGGGCGGCCUGAGUGACUCGGAUUGUAAAGAGCCUCCGGAGGAGAGGCUGGAGGGGAGGCCGGGGCCCCCCAAAGCGGCCGGCCCUGCGGCCUUGGUGCAGUGCCCGGCCAGCCGGAUCCUGCAGCAGGCGGCGGGCGGCGAGGAGCUCCAGCACCAGCACCAGUACCGCCCCACUUCGGCAGCCGCCGCCGCCCCCCACCCGGGAGACCUGCACCCCAUCGCCCCCUCCAGCAACAGCACGUCGGUGAUCCACUCGCCGCAGCAGGCUGCCCUCGCCAAACCCAAACUCUGGUCCCUGGCCGAGAUCGCCACCUCCGCGGACAAAUCGAAAGAGAGCAGCAGCGAGGUGUCUCCGGGAGCGGGGCCGAACCAGGGCCCUCCCUUGGCCGGGAGCAGCACCUCGCAUUCCCCGUCGCGGUCCCCCUCCUCCCAGUGCCCUUUUCCUAACAGCGCCGUCCUCUCCCGGCCCCUUUACUACGCGUCUCCGUUUUAUCCGGGCUACACGAACUAUAGCACCUUUGGGCACCUUCACAGCCACGCUGGCACCAACCCGGCCGCCGGAGCCCCCAGCAGCCAUUUCAAUGGAUUAAACCAGACUAUUUUAAACAGAGCAGAAACCUUGGCUAAAGAAACUAAAAUGAUCAGAAGCCAAUCCCAAGUAGAUCUUUGCAAAGACUCACCUUACGAACUGAAGAAAGGUAUGUCCAACAUUUAA